AAUUUCAUUCUCAUCAGCAGCGUGAGUGCGAAGACAUUGUAGUUUUACUCCAACCAAAGAUAACAGUAGGCGGAAGUUCCACACUACCGAAAAUGUUGCGUGUUCUCUUAGUUCUUUCCUUGGUUUUGGCCACAGUCAGGGCCACCACUGUGAAGCAGUGCAAGGACAAGCCGUUUCCCCUAUCCGUGAAUAUUCAGGACUGCGAUGAGCCGCCAUGCAUUGUCUACAAGGGCACAGUUGCGGUGAUGGAGGUCCACUUCCUGGGCAAUAACAACAACAUCAAGAGCAUCACGGCCACCACAACUGCCAAGGUCCUGGGCAUGAAUCUGCCGUACGACCUGCCCGAGGAAGUCUCCGAUGUGUGCCGCAAUCUCCUGUACGGCGCCAUGUGUCCCAUCGACAAGGACGAGGAUGUGACAUACCAGUUCAACUUCUACGUGGAGCCUGCGUUCCCCGAGAUCACGGCGGAUGUCACUGUCACCCUAAACGACGAGGAUGGUGAACCGAUUACCUGUUUCAUGGUCAGCUGCAAGCUCCGGAAGGGAGCAACUGCGACGCAACGAGACGAGUACUUGCUGGACUGGACGAACCCCCAUUCCGAGUAGCGGCCACGACGAUGCACUCUACACCAGCCGAAAACAUCACAAAAUUACAAUCCUUGUUGACCAAUAAUCUUCACAUUUUUGCAAACAAAAACUGACUUUCCGUUAGUUUAUCUUUUUUAAAAAGCAUGUUAGAGAUGAGAGGUAAUCGAUUCAAACUAAUCGAUAACCUUUUCGUUAAUCGGCGGGUAGUUUAAUUUCUUUGUUUAUACUUCAUAAGUCAGUUUAAGAAGCUAUUUUUAGGCAAAUCAGAAGGAUUUUCCUGUGUUUCUUGGUUAUAAAUGCAACAUUGUUAAUCCACUGCAAGGAAGAAAUGCCAUAAUAACAUUGAUUUUGCCGGCUUAUCAGGCAAAUUUA